ACCUGUGCACCACGCGAAUAUUUCACGGUGCAUCAUGUUCGUGUACAGUGGCUUAGUGUUGUGGAAUUUCCUCGCCGAGGAGCUGUCCACCAAAGUGUUGGCCGUCUUCCUCAUGGUACUGUUCCUGGUACGUCUCGUCCAGAUGCUGAAGGAGGCCAGCGCGCUGCCACCGGGCCCAUGGGGGUUGCCCAUCUUGGGCUCGCUGCCCUUCCUCAAAGGCGACCUGCACCUGCACUUCAGGGAUCUGACCCAUAAAUACGGCUCGCUUAUCUCGACCCGGCUCGGGUCGCAACUUAUUGUCGUGUUGAGUGAUUACAAGAUGAUUCGGGACGCGUUCAGGAAGGAGGAGUUUACUGGGAGGCCCAUCACCGAAUUUACCACACUUUUGGACGGUUAUGGUGUGAUUAAUACGGCCGGGAAAUUGUGGAAGGACCAGAGACGGUUCUUACACGAUGGUUUGCGACACUUUGGGAUGUCGUACAUCGGGAGUCGCAAAACACAAAUGGAAAAUCGCAUCAUGAGAGAGGUCGAAGAGUUCCUCUCGGUUCUGACCGCGCGCAAAGAUACUCCCAUUGACUUGAACCCUGUCUUGGCCGUGUCUUUAUCGAACGUGAUUUGUGAUAUUUUAAUGUCGGUCAGAUUCUCGCAUAAUGACGAGCGUUUCAAACGCUUCAUGUUUCUCAUUGACGAAGGAUUCAAACUGUUCAGUUCACUGGAAGCUUCGUUCUUCAUCCCCAUCUUGAAAUAUUUACCGGGACAACGGCAAACACGCGAAAAAAUCGCAAAGAACCGUGCCGAAAUGGCGCAAUUCCUCCAAGAAACCAUCGAAGAGCACCGCAAAAGCUUCGACCCAUCCCACCUGCGUGACCUGUUGGACACCUACUUGUACGAGAUUCAGAAGGCGGAUGAGGAAGGCACCGGUGAUCACCUCUUCGAGGGCAAAGACCACGACCGUCAGAUGCAGCAAAUCAUGGGCGAUUUGUUCUCCGCCGGGAUGGAAACCAUCAAAAGUUCGCUGCAGUGGGCCGUCCUCUUCAUGCUGCAUCACCCCGAAGUGAUGAAGGCAGUGCAAGAGGAGUUGGACCAAGUGGUUGGACGUCGUCGGCUCCCCAAGUUGGAGGAUUUGCCCUAUUUGCCUGUGACGGAGUCGACGAUGUUGGAAGUGUUGCGGAUUUCCAGCAUUGUUCCAAUGGGCACGACACACGCACCCACAAGGGAUUUGAAACUGAACGGGUUCCAUCUGCCACGGCAUGCCCAGAUCGUGCCCCUUCUGCACUCUGUCCACAUGGACCCCAGUCUGUGGCACGAGCCGGAGCGCUUCAACCCGAGCCGGUUCAUCAACGCUGAAGGCAAAGUGGUCAAGCCUGAGUACUUUCUGCCCUUCGGGGUGGGGAGGAGGAUGUGUUUGGGGGAGAUCUUGGCCCGCAUGGAGAUCUUCUCCUUCUUCUCCUCGCUGCUGCACUCGUUCGACAUCUGCGUGCCCACGGGGGAGACCCUCCCCAGCUUGAAGGGCGUGGCGGGGGUGACCAUCAGUCCCAACGCGUUCCGGGUGUGUCUCAAGCCCAGACCCAUGGAGUGGGACUCGAUGGGCACCAUCAGACCAGCGGGCAGCCACUAGUGGGUCAGGAGCACGGUGACCGAAUGCGUUUCCUAUAUUUAUAUAUCGAGGCACAGUACUUAGACAUUCCUCAGUUAGAUAAGAGAUCUCCGACUUGUUCGGCUGUGCAUUGCAAGUGUUCAUUCAUGUUAGUAUUAAUUUUUAAGUGCUAGUCACGUCAUCGUCCAGUUGCCGAAAAGUACCAUUGUAUCACGUUACCUGCUGUAAAUUGGCAACUUUCACACCAUUUUAUCGUUCUAGGUUAAGCCACUUGUAAAUAUCACCCUAUUUUAUUUUUUGAUCUUGCUAACUGUACAAGAUGAUAAUUGUGUAAUUAAUAUAAUUUUUUUAAUUUUAAUAGAAAA